UCCUUUUUUCCCCUUCUCUUAUAGUCUUAUAUUGAAGUAUUAAUAUAUAUGGCUAAACUUUAUUCCCCAUGUUACUUAAUUAUUUUCUUCACUAUUAGCCAUUUAGUCAUGUCCUUCAUAGGGAAGUUACACUUGAAGCCAUACGAUGUUUUUUCUCAGCUUGAUAUUGCAACCAGACUCAUCAGUAGUGCAGAUUCAGCUGCCACAGUGGCAACUUCCACUGAUUUUGGAAAACUUGUUCAAGAAACCCCAGCUGCAGUUCUUUACCCUUCCUCCACUGACGACAUUGUCAAGCUCGUUCACUUCUCCAAUAAUGGCAUUUCUGUCCCUUUUGGCAUCGCGGCGAGAGGGCAUGGCCAUUCUGUGAGGGGACAGGCCAUGGCACCAAAUGGAGUUGUGGUGGUCAUGAAUUCUUUGAAGAAUAGUAAUAAUAUGAUUGGAAUUAGGGUUUCUUGGGACCCUAUUUUAGGGUUUGGUUAUGCAGAUGUGGGAGGUGAGCAACUUUGGGUUGAUGUUCUGCAUGCAACGUUGGAGCAUGGGCUUGCACCUGUCUCGUGGACUGAUUAUUUGUACCUCUCUGUUGGAGGAACUCUCUCUAAUGCUGGAAUUAGUGGCCAAACUUUCCGCUAUGGUCCUCAGAUUAGUAAUGUUAUUGAAAUGGAUGUUAUCACAGGUAAAGGGGAAUUUGUGACUUGCUCCAAACACACGAAUUCAGAGCUGUUUUUUGCAGUUUUAGGAGGUCUAGGCCAGUUUGGAAUCAUAACCAGAGCAAGAAUUAUCUUAGAGAAAGCACCAACAAGAGUGAAAUGGGUCAGAGUGUUGUAUGCUGAUUUUUCAAAAUUCACAAGUGACCAAGAACAACUUAUUUCCAUUGAUGGCAUGGACUAUGUGGAAGGCUCUCUUACGAUGAAUCAAAGUCCUCCAAAUAAUUGGAGAUCUUCCUUUUUCUCACAUUCCAACCAAUCCAAAAUACUUUCCUUGAUAUCCAAAUACGGCAUUAUCUACUGUUUGGAAAUGGUCAAGUACUAUGAUGAUCAAAGUGCUAGUACAGUUGAUGAGGAAUUGCACAAGAUGAUGAAAGGGUUGAACUUUCUGUCUGGACACAUAUUCAAGAAAGAUGCAACCUUUGUAGAUUUUCUUAAUAGAGUAAAAAAGGGGGAGCUAAAGCUGCAAUCAAAAGGACUGUGGGAUGUUCCUCAUCCAUGGCUCAAUCUCUUUGUACCAAAGUCCAGUAUCAUGGACUUCAAUGCUGGUGUCUUCGUGGACAUCAUUCUCAAACAAAACAAGACCACAGGGUCCAUCCUUGUGUACCCAACAACCGGAAUAAAAUGGGAUGAUCGGAUGUCUGUUGUGAUACCAGAGGAGGAGACAUUCUAUUGCGUAGGGCUGUUGUACUCUUGUGGAUUCAAUGACUGGGAGUCUUUGGAUGGUCAAAAUGAAGAAAUCUUAAACUACUGUGAAAAAAAUGGUCUCAAGAUCAAGCAAUAUCUUCCACAUUACAGAACUAAGGAAGCUUGGAUGAAUCAUUUUGGCAAAAAAUGGGAAGUAUUUCAACAAAGGAAAAGUCAGUUUGAUCCAAAGAUGAUUUUGUCACCAGGACAAAAGAUUUUCAAUUAGCUCAUUUUUACUUUGGUGAAGGUACGUAUGGCAAUAGUAGGAUAGGGUAAAUGAUCUGCACGGAAUAAAUAGAGACAUCAAGUUAUGGUAUAUAUUGUACUUGUGACUUUUUAUGUCACCUAGAAAAGAAAUUAAUAGUUCACUAUAUGACAAUA